CACUGGUCAACAUGGAACUUCUUGGGUUGCCUAACAUUGGCAACACUUGCUUCCUUAACGCCACCCUGCAGUGCCUCCUGGUCCUGCCUUCCUUCUCAAAGGAAAUCCUGCACCAGGAACAACUCUGGAGCUCCUCCCCCUUCUCCAACCUGCUCAGGAGUCUGUCUGAUGUGCACCGUUCAGGUUUACCUGACAGUGUGGCAAACCAGGCCUCAAAAGCAGACCUCAUGUGGAAGGUCAAGUACUCCUUGUCGGGAUACGAUUUGAAGUAUCUGGGGGACACGCAACAGGAUGCACACGAGUUACUUGUCAAUAUGCUGUGCCAGCUGAAGGAGGAGGGCAUGAUUCUGAAGACACUCGGGAUGAACUAUACCUGCCCUGUUUCCCAGCUGGAGUUCCAGCUUGUGUCGGUGCGCACAUGUACCAGCUGUGGGCGCGAGUCGUCCACCAGAGAGGACUACAACCACCUCUCAUUGGACUUCAGCCCUGAGCGCACCUUGCUGAACAGCCUAGCACUCACUUUCAAAAGUGAACAGGUUGAAUUCACAUGUGAGGGCUGUAAAGGCCUCCACGCCUCAAAGGUGGAGCAGUUCCACACACUGCCUCUUGUGCUGGUUCUGCAUCUGAAGAGGUUUGGAGGACCUGGGGGGUUGGAGAAGCUGGAGGCUCCUCUUUUGUUUCCUUCGGAGCUGAGGCUCUCCACCCUCUGUGGGGACAUGGUGCCACACCUGCACAGUGCCAGCCCACAGGCCCUCACCAACCAGGCCCCCAGCAUCCAGGGGUCCAUCCCCCAGACCCUCGCCAGCCAAGUCUCCAGCCCACCUGGAGUGGCCAAAGACAGCGCCCUCUGCUGUUCAUAAGCAGAAGCCAGUACAGUCAGUGAAUGGUUACUACCAGCUGACUGGCGUAGUCUCUCAUUUGGGAGGCUCCGCAAACUCCGGGCACUACAUUAGUGACAUAUUGCAUGCCAGUGGAAACUGGUUCUGCUGUAACGACAGCCAGGUGUCAAUGUCCAAUGAAGCCACUGUGCUGAGGACCAGAGCCCGGAGUGCCUACAUGCUCUUCUAUAUGUUCAGGGCAAUAGAGCGGGAGGCCCCAGCACACAGGGCCUAACAGGGCCACCAGCAUCAGCCCCAGCCUAAACAGGGGCAGCACCUGGACCAGUCUCAAAACCCCCAGCCCAGCAACAGGGGCAGCACUUGGCCCAACAUCAACACACCCAGCCCAGCCUCAACAUGGGAAGAACCAGGCCCAGUCUCAACAUGGGCAGAAUAAGACCCAGCCCCAACACCCACAGACCUGCCUCAACAGGAAGAUUUAUCGUCUGGGAUUCAGGCCGGUCCUAACAGGAAACGUGACAAAGGGAAGCAGCUGUAAUGGAGCCUUCUAACACCCAAUCAGGUCUGGAGGAGGAAUGUCACAUAAAGAUUCAGAGAUGCUAUGAGAAUCUUUUGAAGUUACUCUCCAGUUGUAUUCCAUUUGAAUAAAUACAGACAUGAAAAUGCUGGGCUAUGGAUGUGACCUCGGUACUGUGAGUUGAGUAACGGGUCACCAAACGACCUAUGGGAACUCCUUCCCUUUAUCGUGAUG